GCGGCGGCGGCGGCGGCUCCGCAGGCUGACGGAGCCAGUGCAGCUGGAAGGAAGAGCACGGCCAGCAGGGAGCGCUUGAAGCGCAGCCAGAAGAGCACCAAGGUGGAGGGCCCAGAGCCGGCCGCGGCCGAGGCCUCGCUGAGUGCCGAGCAGGGGACGAUGACGGAGGUGAAGGUCAAGACGGAGCUGCCCGACGACUACAUCCAGGAGGUGAUCUGGCAGGGCGAGGCCAAGGAGGAGAAGAAGGCGGCAGGCAAGGACGGCCCCGGGGACGUGCCCGCCGAGAUCUGUGUGGUCAUCGGGGGCGUGCGCAACCAGCAGACCCUGGGGUCCUACGAGUGUGGGAUCUGUGGCAAGAAGUACAAGUACUACAACUGCUUCCAGACGCACGUGCGGGCGCACCGGGACACGGAAGCCACGUCAGGGGAGGGGGCCCCACAAGGCAACAAUUUCAGGUACACAUGUGACAUCUGCGGCAAGAAGUACAAGUAUUACAGCUGCUUCCAGGAGCACCGGGACCUGCACGCCGUGGAUGUGUUUAGUGUGGAAGGGGCCCCCGAGAAUCGGGCAGACCCCUUUGACCAAGGCGUCGUGGCCAGUGACGAGGUGAAGGAGGAACCCCCAGAGCCUUUCCAGAAAAUCGGGCCAAUGAACAGUAUUACAUCAGAAAUUUUUAAGAAGAAAGAAGUUAGGCAGUGCCAAAAGAGAGAAACUGGCAAUUACACGUGUGAGUUCUGCGGCAAGCAGUACAAGUACUACACGCCCUACCAGGAGCACGUGGCCUUGCACGCCCCCAUCAGUACCGGCCCCGGGUGGGAACCGCCGGAGGAUCCAGACACGGGCUCUGAGUGCUCACAUCCAGAGGCCUCCCCGUCACCACGCUUCGUGGCCGCGAAGACCCAGGCGAACCAGUCGGGGAAAAAGGUUCCGGCUUCCGUGGUCCGCUGUGCCACCCUCUUACACCGCACCCCUCCAGCCACCCAAACCCAGACGUUCCGCACUCCAAAUUCGGGAUCUCCGGCAAGCAAGGCAACCGCAGCAGAAAGCGCCUUCAGUCGCAGAGCGGAAGGCAAAGCACAGAACCACUUUGAAGAGACCAACAGCAGCUCCCAGAACUCCAGUGAGCCCUACACGUGUGGCGCGUGCGGGAUCCAGUUCCAGUUCUACAACAAUCUGCUGGAGCACAUGCAGUCCCACGCAGCAGACAACGAGAACAACAUUGCGUCCAACCAGUCCCGAUCGCCGCCCGCUGUCGUGGAGGAUAAAUGGAAACCCCAGGCUCAGAGGAAUAGCGCCAACAACACCACCACGGGCGGUCUGCCCCCCAACAGCAUGAUCCCCGAGAAGGAGCGCCAGAACAUCGCCGAGCGCCUGCUGCGGGUGAUGUGCGCCGACCUGGGCGCCCUGAGCGUGGUGAGCGGCAAAGAGUUCCUGAAGCUGGCCCAGACGCUGGUGGACAGCGGCGCCCGCUACGGCGCCUUCUCGGUCACCGAGAUCCUGGGCAACUUCAACACGCUGGCCCUGAAGCACCUGCCUCGCAUGUACAACCAGGUGAAGGUGAAGGUGACGUGCGCCCUGGGCAGCAACGCCUGCCUGGGCAUCGGCGUCACCUGCCACUCGCAGAGCGUGGGGCCCGACUCCUGCUACAUCCUCACGGCCUACCAGGCCGAGGGCAACCACAUCAAGAGCUACGUGCUGGGCGUGAAGGGCGCCGACAUCCGCGACAGCGGCGACCUGGUGCACCACUGGGUGCAGAACGUGCUGUCGGAGUUCGUGAUGUCGGAGAUCAGGACGGUGUACGUGACCGACUGCCGCGUGAGCACGUCCGCCUUCUCCAAGGCGGGCAUGUGCCUGCGCUGCUCGGCCUGUGCCUUGAACUCGGUGGUGCAGAGCGUGCUGAGCAAGCGGACGCUGCAGGCCCGCAGCAUGCACGAGGUCAUCGAGCUGCUCAACGUCUGCGAGGACCUGGCGGGCUCCACGGGCCUGGCCAAGGAGACCUUCGGCUCCCUGGAGGAGACCUCGCCGCCCCCCUGCUGGAACUCGGUGACGGACUCGCUGCUGCUGGUGCACGAACGCUACGAGCAGAUCUGCGAGUUCUACAGCCGCGCCAAGAAGAUGAACCUCAUCCAGAGCCUCAACAAGCACCUCCUCAGCAACCUGGCAGCCAUCCUGACGCCCGUGAAGCAGGCGGUCAUCGAGCUGAGCAACGAGAGCCAGCCCACGCUGCAGCUGGUGCUGCCCACCUACGUCCGGCUGGAGAAGCUCUUCACGGCCAAGGCCAAUGACGCGGGCACCGUCAGCAAACUCUGCCACCUCUUCCUGGAGGCGCUCAAGGAGAACUUCAAGGUGCACCCGGCGCACAAGGUGGCCAUGAUCCUGGACCCCCAGCAGAAGCUGCGGCCCGUGCCCCCGUACCAGCACGAGGAGAUCAUCGGCAAGGUGUGCGAGCUCAUCAACGAGGUGAAGGAGUCCUGGAACGAGGAGCCCGACUUCGAGCCCGCCGCCAAGAAGCCACGCUCGGCUUCGUGCGGGGAGAACCCAGCAGCUCAGGAAGACGACCGGCUGGGGAAGAACGAGGUGUACGACUACCUGCAGGAGCCCCUCUUCCAGGCCACCCCCGAUCUCUUCCAGUACUGGUCGUGCGUGACCCAAAAGCACACGAAACUCGCCAAGCUCGCCUUCUGGCUGCUGGCCGUGCCAGCCGUCGGGGCCCGGAGCGGGUGUGUAAAUAUGUGUGAACAAGCCCUCCUCAUCAAGAGGAGACGACUCCUCAGCCCGGAAGAUAUGAACAAACUCAUGUUUCUGAAAUCCAACAUGCUUUAAGACUUGGGAACGGAAGGGAGUCAAAGAGAAAAGAGCGAACGAGCGAGAGAGAUGAAAACGUUAGGGGAAAAUGGAAAAAAAAAGACAAAAAUUCAACACUGUCGCAAACCAAGAAAGGAAUUUUAAGUUCUAAACACUGUGGACCUCAUUAUAAAUUCCCCCCCUGGAAACUUAAGUGCUUUUUUUCAGUGCGUGCGUGCGUGUGUGUGUGUGCGUGUGUGUGUGUGUGUG